AUGUCUCCUACCCCUCCCUCCUCUCGUGCUCUCCUUGCUCCCCCUUCAAACCCUCGACAAACCAUGUUUUGGAGAGGAGAGCCUUGAAGUAGAACUAGCAUUGGCUUGUGGCCUCAUGGAAACCCACUUGAUCCAAAUGUACAUGCGUCUAGCUAAUGAAUUUGCAAGAACCUUCGAUUCGCUUUUUCAUAGGAUUCAAUCUUCCAUGAUUUUGAAGUUUAUAUUGGGAUUGUUCUGGCAUUUACUCCAUAUAGCGGUGAGCUUGGUGCAUAUUUGGUCAUAUGUGAUUCAACAGUUGCGGUGCUACAUCAUUUCAAGUGGGUUGUUUGCAAAGUAUCGAAAUUUCUCUCUGAGCCGUCUUCGCUACUUGGCUGUCAUAGUGGACAGUCAAGAAGCUAAGCAUACCGCGAAGAUCAAGCAACUUCUCUCGUGGUUGUCGGCUAUUGGUGUAAAGCAUGUCGCCCUUUAUGAUGCAGAAGGUGUGCUGAAGAAGUCAAUUGAUUUUGGUCAGACGAGAUUGAGAGAUCGAAGUGCGGGAACCUGUCUUGAUGGUGAUGUAAACUGUGUAACUUCUCUUUGUAAUUAUGAGGAAAUGUCGAUAGAGUUACUUUCUUUUACUGAUGGUAAAGAAGGGAUUGCCAAAGCAGCUAGCUUCCUAUGCUCCGAUUACUUAAAAAAUGAUUCUGACGACUGUGGCAGAACCGAGACUUUAUUCACAGAAGCCAACAUGACUAAGGCUUUAAAAGCUGUAGGUUAUUAUGGCCCAGAGCCUGACCUCCUCCUUGUCUAUGGACCUGCCAGAUGUCAUUUAGGGUUUCCUCCAUGGAGACUGCGGUAUACAGAGAUUAUGCAUAUGGGGCCGCUGAAAUCCAUGAAAUAUAGCGCCAUUGUGAAGGCCCUGUAUGAUUUUUCAAAAAAGUACCAAAACUACGGUUCUUAGUUGAAAUGCUGAUAUGAUAAUGACGAAGAGGGGCUUCAGUUUUAUUAUUCGGAAUUUCUCUAAAUUUCAGGAGGUCGAAUUACUAUUCAACUGGUUAUUUACAGGAAUCGCAGAUGAAUACUGCUUCUGAUAAUUUUUUUCCCCCUUUUCUUCUGUCAUAUUAUAUUUUAUAGCUUCACAGAAUCAUAAGAUAUUUGAUAAACAAUGUAAUCAAUAAGAUUCUGAGAAAAUCCCACAGCUUUAUAAGCAAUGUUGAUCUUAUA